AUGACUGGUGUGCCAUCUCAGCUCUCCACAGAACUACUGCAGCAUUCCCAGAGGUGGGAAAAUGCCCAGAAGACCAAACUGGAGGCUACCCUGCCCCCACAAGCCCUCAUAUCAGUCAUUCCUAUAUCCGUUAGUGAAGAGGGACUGGCCAUGGAGGCUGGGGGGAUCACCUGGGGGAUGUGCUCCAGAGUUUUUGUGUGUCUCACUGGGGUCCUCACCGAUUCUGCUGCAGUGACAGUGGGAAUGGCAUGGGAGAAGGUUCAAAUCCAUGACACUCAUUUGGUCAGAAGGAGACGUGUGGCAGCUCUGGACUUCCCCACCAGUCAUGCUCAGGGCUGUGGUGAGACUUUUGGAUCCUCCAGCAUCCUCUCACAGGCUCACAGCUGGCUCUCACUUGGGAAGGUUCCAGCAUAUUUGCUGCGGUGCUGGCUGGACUUGAAGGCUCUGCUUUUGGGGAGCUGCACAAAGGGAAGAAGAGAUGGGAGCCAACAAAGUGAGUUUGAUCUGAUCAGCCAUGUGGAAAUGCAGCCCAGAGAUGCUGUAGCAAUGCUCUGGGAGCUGCUCUAUCCCUGUACCUCCUGUGCUGAUCCACACAACCAGGGAUGUGCUGAUCCAUGAAGCCUGUGCACAGAACUGGGCACGUGGCUUCCCACCAGCAUCCUGCAUAUCCCAGCCAGUCCA